GUUGAAUCCCAAAAAUCUGUAAUGUAAACAAAGUGCACUACAUAGGGCGCAGAAGCCAUUACUUUCUUUUCCCUAUAGCGUGCCUAUGCGUGGCGUGUGUAGGCAGUUGGUAUUCAGCCAAAACGUACAACAUACUACGUUCAGAUUUGCAUCCUACAGCAUCAGUACCGAAUGAACCAGAAUAAAGCGAUUAAAAACUGAACGCCAAAUCGACAUCCUGAGUGUCAAGCAUAGUGCUUUAUUUGCUCCAAGUGUCCCAGCAGUCAGGUCAGCAUGGCAGAAGCUCACCAAGCUGUGGCCUUUCAAUUCACCGUCUCUCCUGAUGGAAUCGACUUGCAGCUGAGUCAUGAAGCCUUGCGCCAGGUUUACCUGUCAGGCCUCCACUCAUGGAAGAAGAAGUUCAUCCGCUUCAAGAAUGGCAUUAUGACUGGGGUAUAUCCAGGCAGUGCCCCAGGACUGAUGCUGGUACUUGCAGGGUACAUGGGCAGGGCAAAAUAUGCUCAAGUGGAUCCAUCUUUAGGUCUUGUCUUUAAAAUUGGCAAAUAUGUCCCAAUAAGUAAAUACAUGUCUCUGGACAACCAGAGUCGAGUCGGGGGCAUUUUGGUGGGCACAGGACUCUGGGUGGUCAUCAUUUUUACCAUGAGAAGCAUAUUAAAGGGCCUUCUCUCCUGGCAUGGCUGGAUGCGCGAACGUCACGGCUCAUUAACAUGGAAAACACAAAUCUGGCUGGUUCUCGUGAAAGUUUUCUCAGGGAUGCAAACACCAAAUCUGUACAGCUUCCAGACAUCGCUGCCUAAUCUACCCCUGCCCUCCGUUAAAGACACAAUGAAACGAUAUCUGGAGUCUGUGCGCCCUCUACUGGAUGACAAAGAGUACAAAAAGAUGGAGGAACUCGCUUCAGACUUUCAGAAGACCCUGGCUCCCAAACUCCAGUGGUACUUGAAGUUGAAGUCAUGGUGGGCCACCAAUUAUGUCAGCGAUUGGUGGGAGGAGUACAUCUAUCUUAGGAGCCGUAACCCGAUUAUGGUCAAUAGCAACUAUUAUGCAAUGGAUUUCCUCCAUGUUUUACCCACACAUCUUCAGGCGGCAAGGGCUGGUAAUACCAUCCAUUCCAUCAUGCUCUAUCGGAGGAAGCUGGACAGAGCUCAGAUUAAACCGCUUUUGCUACAAAACACUAUUCCUAUGUGCUCAUCACAGUAUGAGCGCAUGUUCAACACCAGUCGCAUCCCAGGCAUAGAGACAGACACCAUCCAGCAUGUGUCAGACAGCAGGCAUAUUGUGGUGUACCACAGAGGGCGCUAUUUUAAGGUGAGCAUGUUUUACGAUGGACGCCUGCUACUGCCACGAGAGAUAGAGCAACAGAUUGAGAGGAUCCUUGCUGACACCUCAGAGCCCCAGCCUGGAGAAGAGAAACUGGCUGCCCUAACUGCAGGAGACAGGGUACCUUGGGCAUGCGCCCGUGAUGCCUACCUUAGACAGGGGAAGAACAGACAAAGUCUUGAUGCUGUGGAAAAGGCAGCAUUCUUUGUUACUUUGGAUGACACCGAGCAGCGUCACAAUCCAGACAGCCCAGUCGAGUCACUGCACAGUUUUGGUAAAUCCUUGCUGCACGGCAAGUGCUAUGACAGGUGGUUUGAUAAGUCUUUCAACUUGAUCGUCUAUAAGAACGCAACAAUUGGCCUGAAUGCAGAGCACAGCUGGGCUGAUGCUCCAAUCAUAGGCCACCUUUGGGAGAAUGUGCUGUCAACUGAUGCUAUCAAGCUGGGUUACACAGACGAUGGCCACUGUGCGGGACAGACUCACCGGAACCUCCCUGGACCUCAGAGGCUACAGUGGAACAUCCCGCCCGAGUGUCAAACCAUGAUCGCCAACUCCCUGUCCGUGGCUCAGGCUUUGGCUGAUGAUGUGGACAUGGUCAUUAUUCCUUUCCAAGAGUUUGGCAAAGGACUGAUCAAGAAGUGCAAGAUCAGCCCAGAUGCCUUCAUCCAGAUUGCCUUACAGCUCGCCAACUUCAAGGACAAAGGAAAGUUCUUCUUGACUUACGAAGCAUCCAUGACUCGUUUUUUCAGAGAGGGGCGGACCGAGACGGUGCGAUCGUGCACCAUUGAGACCUCUGCCUUUGUCAAGGCCAUGGUCAACAAUGAGACGCGAGAGAAGAAACUGAGUCUGCUGAAGCAGGCAGCAGGGAAGCACCAGCACAUGUACCAAAUGGCUAUGACCGGGAAAGGCAUUGACCGUCAUCUCUUCUGCCUCUAUGUGGUCUCACAGUACUUACAACAGGACUCUCCCUUCCUCAAAAAGGUUCUCUCUGAGCCGUGGCGGUUGUCUACCAGUCAGACGCCACUGCAGCAGCCGGAGCUUUUUGAUCUUCUGAACCAUCCUGAGUAUGUUUCCAGUGGUGGUGGUUUUGGCCCGGUGGCUGAUGACGGUUAUGGAGUCGCUUAUAUUAUAGUGGGAGAGAACCUCAUUAACUUCCAUAUCUCUUGCAAGUAUUCCAGCCCGGAAACUGACGCGCAGCGAUUUGGCAGCAACAUCAAACAGGCGAUGCUUGACAUGCUGGAGUUGUUCCAGCUGGAAGCAAGAGCCCUGAAGUGACACGGUGAUGAUGUCACCUAAAUAAUUGUGUUUUUUUCUUUUUGUGUUAUUGUUCAAAUGAUUCAGCCUUCUCAAUUGAUGCAUUUGAAUUCUUGAUUGCUGUGACUAUGAAAUGUUUUAAAAAGAGAAUGAGUGUACCGACUGUGUGUGAACGCGUGUGUGUGCUCACGCGUGUGUUGGUUCGAUAGCGUUAAGAUUUGGCCCUGCCAUAAUAAGCACCGUAACUGAACGGCUGAAGUCAGACAAGUCUCUUGGACAAGCAGUAGCCACAAAUUAAUUGAAAUGCUGAAAGUAAUUUAGGAAGGCAGUGAUCUCAUACGUAACACUCGCAUUCAGCUUUGAAUGAUACUGAGCUCUUAAACCACACCGUCUUACAGUCCGCUUACAUUUUAGCUUACAUUUUAUUGGACAAAAUAACCGGCUAAGCAUCGGUCAGUGAGGAAGCAGUUCUUUUUACCUUGGCUAACUCCUCGAUGUGGUUAAAGGCAUCAUUGUGGUAAUGCUUACUCAAAGUGAUUUCAGUGGCUCUCCUGCAUAACAGUCUUCCUGCACACAUUUUAGAUGGCUUAAUAAUACAGAAGUAUGUAUUACUAUAAUAUAUUAAAUAUUCUACAGUUACAUGAGCAUUUCAUAUUUAACCUGAAUAGAAAUAGGUUAGAAUGAAUUUCGGUUUAUUGUUUACAAGAAAAAGAUUGUGUUUCAGUUUCAUAAACAGCCUAAAAAUGAAGUAGUCAUAUUAUGUUCAUGUGCAUUUAUUUUUGUUAUAAUUAAUUGUUUUUGUUAAAAUUUUGUUUUUAAUUAUAAUAAAUACUUCAGCAAUUUUUGUUCAAAUUCAGCUUUUGAAAAGAUUUAAAUGAGUUAUUUAUUUCACUUUUUUUGAAUAUCUAAUAUUAGCUUAGUGCUUGAAUUUGUCAUAAAAUGAAAUUGAAUGGAAAACUGAAUGUUAAUAUUAUGAAUAAUAUUGCUAUUAUUAAAAAAAGCUAAAUAUGUCUCGUGUUUUUUUUUUUAUUUAUUUAUUUAUUUUUUUGACAUACAGUGUCUUCGACAUUUAUUUCAGAUACUGUUGAUUUCUUGGAUUUUCACAUAGAAAUCUCUAGUUUACACAGAAUAGUUUGACAAACAAGAAACAUGGAGCAAAUGACAGUUCAGAGUUAAAAAGUAAAAUGGCCAGAUUGGUUUGAGCUCUCUACAACCAUGGUGUGUUUAUAUAAAAUCAUUCUUUUCUUUGUCAUUUCUGAAAUUUUAUUGUGUAUCAUUCUCUAACACCAGAUUUUAUCAUGGGUUUAGGAACAAAACAAAUACCAUCAGAGUCCCGUGACUGCUGUUUCUAUGCCAUGUCAAUGUUCAGCAAUAAAUAAAUAAAUCCUGUUCAUAAGGCAGGUUUGAUCAUGUAA